AUGUCGCCAAUCAAGACCGCCGUCAUUACCGGAGCCAACCGCGGAAUCGGACUCGAAUUCGCUCGUCAAUACCUCGAGAAGGGCUUCCAUGUCAUCGCAUGCGCUCGCUCCCUCUCCACUUCCAAGUCCUCCUUCGACAAGCUCUCUGCUGUGCUCAAGACUUUCGAGAAGGUCGAUGCCGGGACUCCCGGCAAGCUCUCCCUCGUCCAGCUCGACCUCGCCUCCGACGAGUCUAUCGAGCGCGCAGGAAAGGAGAUCGAGUCCAUGACUGAUAGCAUUGACGUUCUCAUCAACAAUGCUGGCCGUAAUGACGUGAAGGCUGACAAGCCAUGGGAGAUUGACACCCAAGGGUUCGCCGAGGAGUUAAGAACAAACACCAUCGCUCCCUCCGUCGUCACCAAGACCUUCCUCCCUCUCCUCCGCAAGGGUCAAGCAAAGAAGGUUCUUUUCGUCUCAUCCGUCUGCGGAUCUCUCGCCAACUCUUCCGGUGACAACUCCAUGAUGGUUUACCACACCAGCAAGGCGGCGUUGAACAUGACCGUCAAGUACUGGGCUCAUGCGUUGAAAGAGGAGGGAAUCGCAACUGUCAUGGUUCACCCCGGAUGGGUGCAGACUGACAUGGGUGGUGAGGGUGCUCAGGUCACUCCCAAGGACAGUGUUGCUGGUAUGAUUAAGGUGCUGGAGAAGGUUACCCCGGAGUCGGAGGUCGUGUUGCACAAGUAUGAUGGCUCGACCAUUGAGUGGUAG